GAAUGAAAUUGAUAAAGUGUAUCAAAAUCAAAAUAACUGCGAGUCAUCCCGACUUUUAUCGAAUUUUAAAGUGAAAAUAUCUGAAAAACACCAAUUGUAAGGACUAAAAAUGGUCAAUGUGACAAUAACGUCUGCCGCUGGUAUCAUCUCCUUGCUGGAUGAACCGCUCUCGGACUUGAAGGUUUUUGCAUUGAAAAAACUCGAUGCCAUCGUCGACGAGUUCUGGCCCGAAAUUUCGGAAGCUGUAGAGAAAAUUGAAAUUUUGCACGAAGACACGCAAUUCGUUCAAAAGGAAUUGGCUGCUUUGGUUGCAUCGAAGGUUUAUUAUCACUUGGGUUCGUUUGAGGAUUCUUUGACAUACGCUUUGGGUGCUGGUGACUUGUUCGACGUAAAUGCGCACACGGAAUACGUUGAAACCAUCAUUGCGAAAUGCAUCGAUCAUUACACGAAAUUGCGAGUUGAGAAUAUUGAAAACCCCGCUGAUGCAAAACCAAUCGAUCCGCGUCUCGAGGCAAUUGUGAACCGCAUGAUUGUCCGUUGCUUGGAUGACGGGCAAUAUCGCCAGGCACUCGGUAUCGCAUUGGAAACGCGUCGUAUGGACAUCAUCGAGCAAUCCAUCAUGAAGAGCGACGAUGUGAACGCAAUGUUGGCCUAUGCCUUCCAAGUCACCAUGUCGCUGAUCCAAAAUCGUGCUUUCCGUAACCAAGUUUUACGAUGCUUGGUGGGUCUCUAUCGUGGCUUAAAUGUUCCCGAUUACGUUAACAUGUGUCAAUGCUUGAUUUUCCUGGAAGACCCGAUGUCCGUUGCAGAAUUAUUGGAUAAUCUCACGAAAGGUGGCGACCAAAAUGUCCUCAUGGCAUAUCAGAUUGCCUUUGAUUUGUACGAAUCGGCGACGCAACAGUUCCUGAAUCAAGUUUUGCAAGCUUUGAAAGCAACUGCGCCAAUUCCAUCAGCUCUGAUCUCGAAUUUGAAGCCACAAGGCACGAAUGCGCAGGCAUCCACAUCGGGCGAGCAAUCGGACGAAGUUGUCGACGACGAUGGCGACGUCAAGGUUGAACGAAAAGUCGAGAGUUUGAACGAAACUGAGAAACAACAUCAAGAAAAUAUCCAAAAAUUGGCCAGUAUUUUAUCCGGCGAGAUUUCCAUCGACUUGCAACUGCAAUUUUUGAUCCGAAGCAAUCACGCCGACUUGCAAAUCUUGCGUCAAACCAAGGAAGCUGUCCGUGUUUCGAUUUGCCACACAGCCACCGUCAUCGCCAAUGGAUUUAUGCAUGCCGGAACCACGAGCGAUCAAUUUUUGCGCGAUAACUUGGAAUGGCUGGCACGUGCUACAAAUUGGGCAAAAUUGACAGCAACGGCGUCUCUCGGUGUCAUUCAUCGUGGACACGAGCAAGAAUCUCUGGCAUUAAUGCAAAGUUACUUGCCUCGCGAAUCGGGACCCAGCUCGGGAUAUUCCGAAGGUGGCGGCUUGUAUGCCCUUGGAUUGAUUCACGCGAAUCAUGGGGCGAACAUCAUUGAUUAUUUGUUGCAACAACUGAAAGAUGCGCAAAAUGAAAAUGUUCGUCAUGGUGGCUGCUUGGGCUUGGGUCUUUCGGCAAUGGGAACACAUCGUCAGGACGUGUAUGAACAAUUGAAAUUUAAUUUGUAUCAGGAUGAUGCCGUAACUGGCGAGGCUGCUGGUAUCGCAAUGGGCAUGGUCAUGCUGGGCAGCAAAAACGCAUCCGCCAUCGAGGAUAUGGUUGCGUAUGCCCAAGAAACGCAACAUGAGAAAAUUUUGCGUGGGCUCGCUGUUGGCAUAUCACUCACCAUGUAUGCACGCUUGGAAGAAGCAGAUCCACUCGUUGCCAGUUUAUCGUCAGACAAGGAUCCCGUUUUACGACGCAGCGGCAUGUACACCAUCGCCAUGGCUUAUUGUGGCACAGGCAAUAAUCAGGCUAUCAGGAAAUUACUUCAUGUUGCGGUAUCUGACGUGAAUGAUGAUGUACGACGUGCUGCUGUGACUGCCAUCGGAUUUCUUUUGUUCAGAACUCCCGAACAAUGUCCAUCCGUCGUGUCACUUCUUUCGGAGUCGUAUAACCCACAUGUCCGUUAUGGAGCUGCCAUGGCUCUUGGAAUUGCGUGCGCAGGAACUGGUUUGCGUGAAGCGAUUGCGCUGCUCGAGCCAAUGGCGAAAUUCGAUCCCGUCAACUUUGUGCGUCAAGGUGCUUUGAUCGCAUCUGCCAUGAUUUUGAUCCAACAAACGGACCAAACGUGCCCCAAAACGACACUUUUCCGCCAAACGUACCAGCAAGUCAUUUCGAACAAGCACGAAGAUGUCAUGGCGAAAUUCGGUGCCAUCUUGGCGCAAGGUAUCAUCGAUGCCGGUGGUCGAAACACGAGUUUGAGCUUGCAAAGUCGCACGGGACACACAAACUUGCAAGCUGUCGUCGGAAUGUUGGUUUUCACGCAAUACUGGUAUUGGUUCCCCUUGGCACAUUGUUUGUCCUUGGCAUUUACGCCAACUUGUCUCAUUGGCUUGAACUCGGACUUGAAGAUGCCCAAAAUGGAGAUCAAGAGUGCCGCAAAGCCAUCUUUGUAUGCUUAUCCCGCUCCCAUGGAAGAAAAGAAACGCGAAGAACGUGAAAAAGUCACGACCGCAGUAUUGUCGAUUGCGGCACGUGCCAAGCGUCGUGAAGGUGACAAGAAAAAAGACGACAACAAAAUGGAGGUCGAUGAAGAAGUGACCACGAAGGAAGGUGGCGAACAAGUUGCAUCGCCAAAAGCCAAGGAAACUGCUGCAAAAGAUGUUAAAGAAGAUAAAAAGAGCGCCGAUAAGAAAGCAGAAACUCCGAAAGGUAAAAAAGAUGCUGCUGACAAAGACAACGAAGAAGCAUCUACUAGCGCAAAAUCGGAACGCAAAGAACCUGAACCGUCAUUUGAAAUGCUCCAGAACCCAGCACGUAUUAUGCGUCAACAAUUGAAGGUCAUCAGCAUUCCAGAAGGAUCUCCAUUCACUCCGUUGAAAGAAGUGUCCAUUGGUGGCAUCAUCAUGAUGCACACAACAGGCGAGCAAGAACUCGUUGAGCCUGUUGCCGCAUACGGACCCAAGAGUGAGGAGGAAAAGGAGCCUGAAGCACCGGAAGCUUUCGAAUUCGAGGAUUGAGACGCCGAGGAACGAGCUUCAUGGAACAUGGGACGCAUAAGACUCGUAUAAAAAAUAAAUCCAUAAUCAUUUAUCAUUUUUGAAAUAAAUAAAGAAAUAAACUUUUGAUGUUUGUGUCACAGAA